AUGUCCGAGCCCGCGACGCCGACGCGGGAAGCUGAAGACGAACAACCCAAUAAGCCGCAGGACAACCCCUGGUACCAACAAAAAGUACCCGCCUACCAGCCCCUGUUAACGCCCAUAAAAAUCGCCUGGAUCCUCUUCGGCACCGGUAUUGUAUUUAUCAUCAUCGGUUUAUCUGUGAGAUCCGUGAACACGAACGACAUCUUCACGAGGAAGGUCCAGUACGACGGCGACGGCACGCCGUCGGCCAAUAGAGAUUGUCGAACUGAGAGAGCAGACACUAAUACUGAAUGCACUGUAGAAUUGGAGAUCAAACAAAAAAUGGAGGAACCGGUAUAUGUAUGGUACGAGAUCGACAACUUCUACCAGAACCACAACCGCUACAUGACGUCCUUUAGCAUGGAGCAACUCCUCGGCACCUACCCGUCGGACGACUCGACGUGCAAACCCCUCAAGUCGAGUGGAGACAAGGACCUGUAUCCCUGUGGCGUGAUCGCGAACUCCAUGUUCAACGACGUCAUUACGCUCGAGAAUGCAGAUAUUACGAUGCGGGAGAACAACCUCGCGUGGGCGAGCGACCACCACAAGAAGUUCGCGCAGCCCGAGGAUUUUGAGUGGUCGACUACCACUGCCGACAUCAGUGGCUGUUUAGGUGUUAUAUCUACUACUGAUGCUGCUGGCACGGAGACCUUAUCCAUUCCCGCCACUCAAACGUCGUGUCUCGAGUCAGUCUGCCAGGCUGAUCUAGGCAGUUCGACGUGCUUCGGUUAUGUGUGUCGGGGCGGCGACUUCGACGGGGGCCACUGCGUGAAAGGUACUUCUACCGUAUACUACUACAAAGACGAGGCCAAGUACCAGUACCUCUACGAGACGUACCCGGAUAUUGUUUCGCCAUUGAUCGGGGUGAAAAAUGAACAUUUUAAUGUGUGGUUGAGGCUCGGUGGUCUGUCGGACUUUCGCAAGUUGUACGGGCGGAUCACGUCGACGCUCGACAAGGGCACGGUCCUCCAAUUCAAGGUCAAGAACAACUUUAAUGUGGACAGCUUUAAGGGCAAGAAGUAUAUUGUGGUCGGCACGUCGUCGGCGUUGGGUGGGAACGUGGCCGCUCUGUGGGAGUGCUUCGCGUAUCUCGGUGUGGCGAUGUGCGGCAUCGCGCUGCUGUUCCUGGCGAAGAGCCAGUUCGUGGGUGCGCGGAAGCUGGGAGAUACGGCGUACCUGAAGGGCUAG